AUGGCCGACAUUGCUAUCAACAUCAUGUUGGAGAAUCCUGGACCUCCGCCAACCUGCAAGGGAGCGGGGUGGUUCCAAAAUAACAUCCGCGUUAUAGCAUGCGAGGAUGCUAGAUCAGCGGAGAUCGAUAAGAAAACAGUCGCAGGUAUUGGAGAAGUCUACCCUGGUGUGAAGCUCAGGGCGGUCGACUUCAAGGACCUACCGGUGCGACCGAGAGCGAGAGCAUGGUUGCCUUGCAGGCCAGCGGAGCCAGAAAGGAUCCUGCAAACCAUAAGGCUCUAUAACCCGGAGCUACCUACCGAAAAUUGGAAGGUGGUAAAAAUUAACGAAAGCGGUAAAGCGACGAUGCAGGUUGUCCUGCUUCUAAAUAAGGACUCCAUAGAGUUGUUGGAGCAAAAGAGCGGGGUCAUACGUUACGGCUGUGACAUGGCCAAAAUUAAGGUAUACAGCAACGACGUAAACGCAGCGAAGAACCUGAUCGCGGAGGUAGAGCCGGAAGAGGCCAACAGCGACGUGGAGAUGGAGGAAGAAUCCGAGCAGGUUGAUCCGAUGGACGACCUGACCGGGGUUUAUGCCUCAUCGACGUCCUCGCUGGGGGUCGGACGCAUGCUUCGGCUUUAUACGGAGGAGGAGUUGAUCGAGAUGUCGGAAGACGCGGUCAACUCCACCCUAAUAGGCGACGUGGGCGGUAACGGCCAAGAUGGUGAAGGUACUGCAGAUUAA